CGUCACAACAGUGUGAGUGAACGCCUCCCUUUUGUAAACUGCACGGAUGCUCAAAACAAAAAGCAGAUGCAAAGCUGGUGGAAAUAAUCAAACACUAAUGCAAAGCAACGUUUACCACAACGCAUCUAUUACGCGUUCAGAUGAAGCUGUACGCCCGGUCACGAGCGAGUGUUUUCGGUGGAUGUAAAGUGGCAUUGAGCGAAUACGGGGCUCUUUGUAAAUGAAUAAGAGAUGAACGCGGCUGUAUCCAGGCUGGCAGACCGCGCGCACGGACGCAGAUCGACACUGCGCAGUAAAUAUCAGCUGGACUGGGUUUGGGGAGGUUGGGUCGGGUUGUGGAGCUGUUGAGGCGGAUGGUUUAGGAAGAAGAGAAGGAAGAAGCGCGCUGAACCCGCACAGAGGCCAUCAGCUGCGCACAUCAACUGCGUGCUUAUUUGAGCUCUCAAUUCACCAUCACCUUUAUUUGACUACAUCACUCGUCCUCCCACUAUGUCUGCUGCUACCUGGCCCAUUGACCAAACUCCAGCAUGGAAUCCCACCAUGUCUCAACCCAUAUCUUGGACCUGAAGGCAAAGCGGAGAUCAGAUUUUUAACAUCCUAAUCUUAUCUUAAUCUUAUUCCACAUUUAGCUUCUACAAAUGGACAGGAACAAUCCUGCCUGCAUUAAACGAAAGGAAGAAGUGAUGUCCAUAGCAGGCCAUUCAGACAGAAACAAUUAUGAUACUGAGAAAGUUCCUAUAAUCAGUUCAUUUGUGUCUUUCAAUGCUUUAAUCCCUCAGAGACUGUGAAUAUGGACCGUUGAGGGUCCUGACUGGUGUCCAGCAGUGUUUGUUUUCUUUUUCAUUUCUGGAUUGGAUGCUUAUGUGAUACUUCAGUGGCAUAAACACAAGGACAUUGGGUAUUUCGGAAGUGGGUAUAUAAUUGUCUUUUUAGUUGCAAAAGCCCAAUUCCACAGAACUUGAAAAAAAUAGAAAAUCGUGUCAAUCCAAAUCUCAACCUUGAGUUAAAGCCCAUUGGCACAUAGAAACAACCUCUGCAUGACUUCCACCAUUUCUCAAAGACUUUGUAAAUUAACUUUUGAGAGAUCUGACUUGCAUUGGAUACUCUUCAUUUUAGAUGUUUUUUUUUUUUUUUUUUUUUUUUAAGGAAGGAAAAAUACUUCUGCCAAUAAGGGCAUGUUGGCACUUUGUAAGGCAACUACAGGGCUAAUAAGGCCACUUGGCACACAGAAACAAGCCCUGAUAUACUUCGAUCAUUCCUCAAAGACUUUGAAUGUGAACCUUUGAGAGAUCUGACUGGCAUUGGAUGCUCUUGGAGAGUUUUUUUUUUUUUUUUUUUUUUUUUGGAGGCCCAUCAAUCCUUCAAUCUUCUGGAUUAGUUGUGUUUAAGAUACCAUAAACCCUAGAUUGUUAGGAGUUUUGGAAAUCAAGUUUACUCAUCGUUUUAGAUGACACCAACACUUUCAGAGAACUUAAGGAAGGAGAAAAUUUCUGUCAACUAGUGCUGUUGGUGCCUCUUGGCCGUGAACCCAUAUCCCGACCCCUUUCUCUUCUUUUUUGGCCAUUUGGCACCUAUUUCUUACCUUCAUCUCAUCCCGACCAUCACCAUUCGCCCCUCACUUGCCACGGCAGUCCUCCCUCCCAGUUCCUGCCCCCACCAUCCUCCUCCUCAUCACCCUACACCUUCCCAACACCACACUUCCCACCCCUCCAAUCAAGUCACCAUGGCCACAGGUACUACCACCACCGCCCGUGAACAUCUCCUGGUGGUGCGGAGGCGCACCCCGCACAUGCAUUACACACUGUGCCCAGAAAACCUUCGCAGCCUUUCGGCACAGGGUGGCUCUGGGAAUGGGGUGAACUCUAGAGAAGGAGUUUCUGAACCGAUGGGCCUGCAGCGGGCAAACAGUGACACUGACCUGGUGACAUCGGAUAGCCGUUCCUCCUUAACUGCCUCUACAUACCAGUUUACGCUUGGGCGAGGGCAAAACCUGGUCAUCUCUUGGGAUAUCAAGGAAGAGGUGGAUGCCACUGACUGGAUUGGGCUGUACCACAUUGAUGAGACGUGUCUCGCUAACGUUUGGGAUUCGAAGAACCGUGGGGUGAACGGCACUCAGAGGGGACAGAUCGUCUGGAGGUUGGAGCCCGGACAGUACUUUAUGGAACCGGAGACCAAAAUCUGUUUCAAAUAUUACCAUGGAGUGAGUGGAGCGUUGAGGGCCAUAACACCCUGCAUUACUGUCAAGAACCCUGGAGUUACAGUCGGGGCGGAGGGGCAGAUGGAUGGACAGUCUGUCACUGAACACUGCAGGAAAUUGGUCAGCUUUACUCUGUCAGACAUCAGGGCUCAGGGUCUGAAAAAGGGCAUGUUUUUUAAUCCGGACCCCUAUCUGAAGAUGAGCAUUCACCCUGGGAAGAGGCACGGCUUCCCUACAUUCACCCACCACGGCCAGGAGAGGCGGACCUCCAUCAUAUCAAACACGACUAACCCUGUGUGGCACGGAGAGAAGUACACUUUUGUUGCUCUGAUGACAGAUGUUUUGGAAAUUGAGGUGAAGGACAAAUUUGCAAAAAGUCGGCCAAUCAUCAAACGCUUUUUAGGUCAGCUGACAAUCCCGGUGCAGAGACUGCUGGAGAGACAUACAGCCGGGGAUCAACAUGUGAGCUACACCCUUUCACGUCGUCUACCGACAGAACAUGUGAGCGGACAACUUCUCUUCAGGGCGGAGAUCACCUCCAACGGACAUGAAGAUGCCAUGGGAUCUCUGCUGGGAGCCUCCUCUAUGAACGGAGAUCCUGAGAGCCCAUCGGACGAUGAGGAUGUUUUGCAUCCUUCAUCCUGCAUUGCCAGGGGCCCCUCGCCCACCGGCUCCGAAGGGUCCCUGCAAGGUGAUGCCUUUAGGACUGACGAGUGCAUGAUGGGCCCUGAUGAGGGUCAGCUCUUGAGAGAUGGAGCUCCAGAGUCUAUCGAAGGAACCCCGGGCCACAGUCAUCGGCAGGCCUCGCUUAACGACUACCUGGAUGCUAUUGAAGCUCCUAAAGGCCUUGGAGACAGACCGCUUGGGGCCGCCUCACCUAAACUACGCUCAAGUUUCCCCACGGACACGCGGCUCAAUGCUAUGUUACAUAUAGAUUCUGAUGAAGAUGAGGAAGGACACGCCUCCAGGGAGAUGACAUUGACCAAUGGCGCUCAUCGGCCUGAUGGACACACCUCCUCUGAACAGGACAAAGGGGAGUGUCCCGUGAAAGAGAGGCUUGAGGCAGAAGCAGCGAGCAGCGCCACAGAUACGUUGGCCAAGGCAUUAGGAUCGAGCAGUGGCACCACAAAGAGCCAAAAUGGAGGUGCUGAGGUUGGUCAGGAUGGAGCUGCUGCCUCUGGAGACUCGCCCAAGAGCACCGGCAGCACUCAGCAAUCAGCUCCCAAAAUACUGGAUGAGGAAGGAGUUGCUCCCAAGGUGAUCACUGGGGAAGAAGGAUCAUCAGAGGUCGCUACCCCCGAGUCCUCAGCGUCUGUCAACAGUGCAGCUGGUGAAGAGGGCGGAGCCACAGCAGUUAAGCAGCCGGAGCAGGGGAACUCCAGUGAGGCAGCCAAUGAGGGGGAGGAAGAUGCCAAAAUCUGGCAAAGGAGGCAGAGUCUGCAAGCAUCAGGGAACUCAUCACAGGCUGAAGGGAUGGAAUUAACCAAUGAAGUGAGGAGGUCAGCUGAUGCAGCACAGGUUGCCGCAGUAACAGAAGGAGAGACAGGAGCCAGUGCUCAAGUGAAUGGCCAUCAGCUGAUACGAUCUGUUCCUUCAGUGCGUCAUGAUAUCAGCCGCUAUCAGAGAGUGGACGAGCCUCUUCCACCAAACUGGGAGGCUCGUAUUGACAGCCAUGGCAGGAUUUUCUAUGUGGAUCAUGUAAAUAGGACCACCACCUGGCAACGGCCGACUGCUCCACCUGCACCUCAGGUCCUACAGAGAUCCAACUCCAUUCAACAGAUGGAGCAGCUCAACCGGAGGUAUCAGAGUAUUCGGAGGACAAUAACCAAUGAGAGGACAGACGAACAGGCCGCAGAGAUGCCUACAGACGAAACUGACCUGCUGCUUCUCUCCAUACCUGAGUACCGUCGGGACGGUGUGGUUGGGCCUUCUAGCUCUCGCUCCCGCCUGUCUCUGCUGCUUCAGUCCCCCUGCGCCAAGUUUCUCACCAGCCCGGAUUUCUUUACCGUACUGCAUUCCAACCCUAGUGCCUAUCGCAUGUUUACAAGUAACACAUGUCUAAAACACAUGAUCAGUAAAGUGCGGCGGGAUUCGCACCACUUUGAGCGCUACCAGCACAAUCGAGACCUGGUUGCCUUCCUCAACAUGUUCGCCAACAAACAGCUAGAUCUCCCGCGAGGCUGGGAAAUGAAACACGACCACAUGGGAAAGCCUUUCUUUGUGGACCAUAACUGCAGGGCGACCACCUUCAUAGACCCACGACUGCCGCUGCAGAGCGCCCGUCCCAGCAGCAUCCUUGCCCACCGCCAGCACCUCAGCCGCCAGCGCAGCCACAGCGCAGGGGAGGUGGGCGAUGACCCUCGGCAUGCUGGACCCCCUGUACUGCCACGCCCCUCAAACACUUUCACAGCCAGUCGCAACCAGUGUCAAGAUAUAGUUCCUGUUGCCUAUAAUGAUAAAAUAGUGGCAUUUUUGCGGCAGCCGAACAUAUUUGAGAUCCUUCAGGAGAGGCAGUCUGAGCUCAUGAGGAAUCACUCACUCAGGGAGAAGGUGCAGUUUAUUCGUAAUGAAGGAGUGUCAGGUUUAACUCGCCUCUCCAGCGAUGCAGACUUGGUGAUUUUGCUCAGCUUGUUUGAAGAGGAAGUGAUGUCGUAUGUGCCACCUCAUGCCUUACUGCACCCCAGCUACUGUCAAUCACCACGAGGGUCUCCAGUCUCCUCCCCUCAGAGCUCUCCUGGUACACAGCGAGCCAACGCACGGGCACCUGCACCAUACAAACGGGACUUUGAAGCCAAACUUCGGAAUUUCUGUCGCAAACUGGAGACUAAAGGCUACGGUCAGGGUCCAGGCAAAGUGAAGUUGAUGAUCCGCAGAGAUCAUCUCCUGGAGGAUGCGUUCAAUCAGAUCAUGUGCUACUCUCGCAAAGAUCUACAGAGAAGUAAACUCUAUGUCAGCUUUGUUGGAGAAGAAGGACUGGAUUACAGUGGCCCCUCAAGAGAGUUUUUCUUUCUGGUGUCUCGGGAGCUUUUUAACCCAUACUAUGGUCUGUUUGAGUAUUCAGCAAAUGACACUUACACCGUCCAGAUCAGCCCCAUGUCUGCCUUCGUUGACAACCAUCAUGAGUGGUUUCGGUUUAGUGGCCGUAUUCUGGGUCUCGCUCUUAUCCAUCAAUACCUACUGGAUGCCUUCUUCACACAACCUUUUUACAAAGGCCUACUUCGAAUUCCGUGUGAUCUGAGUGAUCUGGAGUAUCUUGAUGAGGAGUUUCAUCAGAGUCUUCAGUGGAUGAAGGACAAUGACAUAGAGGACAUGCUGGACCUGACCUUCACGGUCAAUGAGGAAGUGUUUGGACAGAUCACAGAGCGCGAGCUAAAGCCUGACGGUGCAAAUAUCCCAGUGUCAGAGACGAAUAAGAAAGAGUACAUCGAGUGCAUGGUGAAGUGGCGUAUAGAGCGCGGUGUCGUCCAACAGACGGAGAGUCUGGUGCGAGGCUUUUACGAGGUUGUAGAUGUGCGGCUGGUGUCUGUGUUUGAUGCACGGGAGCUGGAGCUGGUGAUCGCUGGAACAGCGGAGAUCGAUCUGGCAGACUGGAGGAACAACACCGAGUACAGAGGAGGUUACCAUGACAACCACAUCGUGAUUCGCUGGUUCUGGGCAGCAGUGGAGCGGUUCAACAAUGAGCAGAGACUCAGAUUGCUCCAAUUUGUGACGGGGACGUCCAGUAUCCCGUACGAGGGCUUCGCCUCCCUAAGGGGCAGCAAUGGUCCACGACGCUUCUGUGUAGAGAAAUGGGGAAAAAUUACAUCUCUGCCCAGAGCUCACACGUGUUUCAAUCGUCUGGACCUCCCCCCGUACCCCUCGUUCUCCAUGCUGUAUGAGAAGAUGCUGACAGCAGUGGAGGAGACCAGCACUUUCGGUUUGGAGUGAAUGCUGACCUUUGCACUUUGAGCUGAGCAUAUAUAUAUAUAUAUAUAUAUAUAUAUAUAUAUACACAUUUCCACCACCUGUCUAGAAGAGCAAAGAAAGUAUCCAUCUAAACAGACACCAGAAGCACUUAGUUGUAUAUUUUGUACACCGGAUCACUUAAAUAUACUCUCUUGGAAAGAAUCAAACAGAAACAGUCAGUCACACACGUGUGAGUUGAACUGUGUGGAUGUUCACUGAAUGUUUCUCAGGCGUAAACAUUGAUGACGCCGCCUUGAUCGGCUCUGAUUGAAUCGAGGAGGAUGUGACCAGCCAAAUGAAAGGAUGAGUUACUUUCACUGAAGAACAAAACAAAACCAAAGGACUUUGAUAUUCUCAUAUUCUUUUUAUCUUUAAAAACAACUUUUCUACAUAGCAUCGAAAUGCAACGUGAAAGAACAAAUAUUGUGUUGUGAAAUCUUUUUCAGAUGUCUCAGAUCGCCUCGAACACUAUCACACACAUCACAUGACAGCGCUGCCCUCUGCAUUCAAAUGAAAUGUACCGUGUAUGUUCUCUCUUCUUUUCAUCCUAUUCAUACAUUAGUCCAUGUCAUGUUUGUUUUGACACCAUAUGCUAUCCAAGGAGCAGUCAUGUCAGAUUUGGGACACUUUUGAAUGAAUUUGGUUGUUUAUAUACUCCCACACGCAGUGUUUUCAAAGGGCUUGUUACACUGAAGUGCACUCGCAGACCUACUACAACAUUAUGAAUGUGACCACUAUGUGCAAAUGAUAAAAAAAAAAUGAAAAACAGAUUAUUUUUUUUACUUUGUAGCCCAACCUUGGCCUUUCUUUUGUCCUCGUAUAACCUAAUUUUAUUUCUGAUGACAUUUUGAAAGAGAAUGGUCACAUACUGUACCUAGUAAAUAAAGCUAUCGAUAGAAACAAAGUCAACAUGAAAUUAAAACGGAUCUGAUUUGUGUUAUGAAUAUGCCUCAUUAUGGUAUGAUCACAUUUAAUAACAUGAAGUAAGAUGGCUUUUGUUGCCAUUUCAUGUUGUCUUCCAUAUCCUUAUAUAGCUUUAUUGUGACAUUCAUGUUUGCUUAUAUUUUUUUUCUCCUCCAAUCCCCUUACCUUCUCAUUUUUCACUCUCUUCUCUUGAGUCUGACAGUGUUUUCUUGUAUAAUGUGAAACUUGAAUAUCAAACCCACAAAAGCAUAUCAAGACAUUCCAGACUUUUCCAUUUGCGUUAACUCAACCCAGCCUUUUAUAAAACACUCCCGUGGCUGCGGGAUGCUGGAUUGUACUCUAGUUCUGAAUGUUUUGUAACUUAAAUUUUGUGUAAGAAAUGAAUAUUGCUUCCAGUGAAAACUGGUGUCGUUAAAACUGCCAUGGGGCUUUAUAAGGACCAUCAAAUUUUGGAAUAGCAACAGAAGAAUUUGAUUAUAGCUGGCUAGAUCAUUAAUACAUACCAGAUAGAUCUUCGUUCUUUUUUGUAUUACGGUAUUUGCAGUGCCAUGCUGACACCGUAUUUGUGCUGAAUGUACCAAAGAUUUAAGGCUGCCAUAGACGUGUGGAUUUGAGGGGAAGUAAAUUAAUUUUCCAUCUCUAAGUCAACUGUUCCUUUAAAAUGUACUCUGCCUUUCUAAAGACCAGAGGCUUCAGACAGAGAUCCCACUUAAGUUCUGGCUUUCUGCUGAUGUUCAUUACUAGAAAGCUGCUGCUUUUGACUUUCUGUACGACUUUAAUUUUGCACCAUUCACGUGCUCUGAAACAGGUGACUGUUGAUUGGAUAACAGCUUUCAGAGCUCCAUAUUUUGGUUUUUCUCUUUUUUUAUUAUUAUUUUAUUUUUUAUUGAUUCAGCUCAGCUGAUGUUAUAAAGCUGUUUAUCUCACGGAAAA